UGAAAGUAGUAUAUUAAACAUUUAUUUUAAUUGAUAAAAUGAAUCAAAAAAUCGUAAAUAAGUUUAUGAAACAAACUUUGUCGUUCAACUAUUAUUAUAAUACAAGACAACAAAGUAUAAAUAAAAAUAAGUAUCACACAGUUUCUUAUGAUUACAAAAAGAAAAACCAAUAUUCUGGUCUGGGAUUUUCUAAAUAUACUUUACAAAAAAACUUACAAAAUGGAUCAGUUUUAUUGUAUUUUGAUUUCCAAAAGAGAAAGUUGUCAAGUGAUACCAGUGCCCAACAAAUUGUAGAAAAAUUGACAGAUCUGCCUUUUAUAGAGACAGCCACCAACCUUCCAAAAGACAAUUGUCCAGAAUUUAUCAGAACUUUUUCAGAGUCGAAAAUUGUUGAAGUUGCUCAGCAAAUACUUUUAAAAAUACAUGAAGCUACUGGACUACCAUGGUGGGCAUCAAUUGCAUUGACAGCUUACAUGAUGAGAACAGUCAUCACUUUACCUUUUUCUAUUGUGCAGACACGUAACAGUGCAAAAUUGAUGCUUAUCAAACCAGAACUAGAAGAAAUCAUUAAAAAUUGUAAAAGAGAAGCAAACCAUGCUGUGUCUUUCCACGGCUGGACAGAAAGUAUGGCCAGAAUAAAAUAUCGUAAAGAUGUAAAAACGGAAUACGACAAACUAAUUGUAGAAUAUAAUUGCCAUCCUCUCAAAUCGUAUGUUCUUUUGUUGAUACAACUUCCAAUUUGGUUUUCAUUUUCAUUUGCUACAAGAAAUCUAAGUUUCAUGAUUCCUAGAGAUGAUCCUAUAUCACAAUUUGCUUACUACGAAAUGACGGUUGGAGGUUUUGGAUGGAUACAAGAUCUUACUGUAAAUGAUCGGUACAUGAUACUUCCGCUUGCUUAUGCAAUUAUGAAUCUAGCCGUCAUCGAAGCGAAUUUAAUGUUUAUCGAUCCCACUGCAUUAACAAGACUUCAAAAAAUACAGCGCAUAAUCUUUAGAGGUGUAAGCGUAUUGUUGUUUCCAAUCGCCAUGUUUAUGCCCACGGGGACACUGAUUUAUUGGGUAAGCAGCAGCUCUUUCGGGCUUUUCCAGACGUUCUUAUUCCGUUCGCCUCGUUUUAAACGUUUGAUCGGAGUGCCAAUCGCAGAAGGAGAGCCGAAACAUCCAUAUCGUUUUUUUUACAAUAAUUUGAAAUCAAGGUUGCGCUUGACAAGCAAUUGA